UGAGGAAGCAGAAGUAUGAAGAGAGAGAUCCAGAGAAACUCCGGGAGACCAACAGAGGAGUGAUCCUCAAACUUGCUGAAGUGGCUUUCAGAGAGCUGAUAAAGGGCAAUGUAAUGUUCUAUGAGGAGGACCUGAUUGAGAGCGGCAUAGACGUCACUGACGCCUCGGUGUAUUCUGGGAUCUGCACUGAGAUCUUCAAGGAGGAAUCUGUGAUUCAUCAGAGGAAAGCCUACAGCUUCAUCCAUCUCAGCUUUCAGGAGUUUCUGUCUGCUUUCUUUGUGUUUCACUGCUAUUUAACAGAGAAGAGAGAACCACUGAGGUUGCUUUAUGAGAGUAAAUAUUCAGAUGAUGAAGAUGUGUCAGAUGGUAAUGAAUUUAAAGAUUCAGAUGUUCAAUUUGUACAGUCCAGCUCUGAGUUCUCUCUGUGCCAUCUGCUCAGUUUAGCAAUAUAUAAAGCUGUCAGCAGUAGUAAUGGUCAUCUGGAUCUGUUCCUGUGGUUCCUGCUGGGCGUCUCACUGGAGUCCAAUCAGAGACUCUUCCAGGAUCUGCUGACACACACAGAGGAGAGCUCAGAGAGCAUCAGGACAAAAAGACAUGAUCAUAACAGAUUAUGAUCUCUCAGCUGAAAGAUCAAUCAAUCUUUUCCUCUGUCUGCUGGAGGUGAAAGAUCAGACUCUGGCCAGAGAGAUUCAGGAGUUUGUGAAAUCAGACAAACACUCAGAGGAGGAACUCUCUCCUGCUCACUGCUCAAUAAUCUCCUACAUGAUUGAGAUGUCAGAGGAGCCGCUGGAUGAGUUAGACUCUAAUAAAUUGAACACAUCACCUAAGGGAAGAUGGAGACUUAUACCAGCUGUAAGAAACUGCAUAAGAGCUCUGCUACAGUGGUGUUAUCUCGAUGUUCAGUAUUGUGAGAGUUUGUCUUCAGCUCUACAAUCCUCAAACUGUGCCUUGAGAGAGCUGGACCUGAGUAACAAUGACCUGCAGGAUUCAGGAGUGAAGCUUCUCUCUGGUGGACUGAAGAGUCCAAACUGUAAACUGGAGACACUGAGGUAAAAUAAAAGAAAGUUUCCCUAAAAUAAUUGCUGCCACAAAUUACUUUUACAAGGUGCAAAAAAAGUAUGAUGAAUUAACGAGCUUAUGCUGUAAUGUAUUUUAUUUUUUGUUUAUUUAGUGGGAAUAUUUCUUGUUUCAGGUGUAAAGUCAAAUAUGAGAAAACUUAUAUAUUAUUGCUCUUAAGUGCAAAUUCCGCUGAAAUUAUCAUUGAUUCUUGUUCUUUUGUUUUUUUUUUUAACGAUACUCCCAAAAUCAUUCCACAUAAAUCUGUCUGGCUCUGCUCAUUGGGUUUUAUUUUUGUCUGACUUGUGAAUUUGUAUGUGUUUUAUUAGUUUUGUGUGUGUGGAAAUUAAGUCGGUUCUGGUUAGAGUGGAAUGAUCUCACUGAUGUUGUUUUCUCCAUUCCGUCUAUUUUGACCUUCUCUAUGCUAAUAAUGAUCAGGUUACAGUCAUCUGUGUCCCUGAUUAAACUGCCAUAGCCUUCUGAUUAGAGUAGUCCACUAGUGUAAUAGUGUUUACUUUAAAGCUGCUUAGUUGCUCUCCUGUAUUCUUCUGUAAAUCUAGUGAUUAGUUUAUUAUCAUUAUUUUUGCUUCUUUUUUUUUUGUUAUGUAUUGUGAAGUCAGAAAAUAGCAAAUGCUACUGAUAAUUAUGAUUCUCACAGGAAUACACUAAACAAGAGUGAGUUCAGCCAGCUGAAGGUGUUACAGUGGACAAGGGUGAUGGGGGAGAGGCAGGUUAAUAGAAAUCAUGACAGGGUACAGGAUAAGGCAGGUGGACAGGGAGGAGGGCAAAGCCAAGGCAGAAACUACUGGACAGUAAACCAGACCAGAUCCUGUGGAUAAGAAUAAACAGCUGGAGGACAGAGCUUUAGGGGAGCUGGAAAAACUCUCCAUGAUGAUUUAGGUGUAGCAGAAGCCCACUUUUUGUGGAGGUUUGUGGCCAGAGAUCCUCAACAGCUGGAGGCCCUGAUGUGGCCACCAUAAUAGCUGGGGUCAUGGCAUCCAUCUUGUGUAAUGACUCCUAGGCAGACAUCUUGGUAAGAUACUGAGGGUUUGCAGGCAUGUCAGGUGAUGAAGCCACAGGAGUUUAGAGUGUUGAAUGUUCAAAUAAACUGAGCUAGUAAAUUUGAGUUGAAAUCUGAAAAUGCACUUCCUGUUUUCUUUCUUCUAAGUUGUAAGACUACAUCUGUCUGAGGCAUUGGGUGUGGCUAACAUACUUAACCACGCCCCUUCAGCUGUCAGUUUUGACAACAGACAGGAAUGGUAAGGAGGAGUCUGUUAGGUUGAAAAACAUUAGAUGCGUUUGACUUCAUGCAGUGCUGCGCAGAUCGAUCUAAAUCUGGCUUAAAGCAGUGCAUGCUGGGUAGAAAUGUUGUCCGGAUUGAAGCGGCACGGACGCCAUGUGACUGUCACUUGUGGGAUCAAAGUAUCGUGACAGCGCCCCUGAAGAGCGAAUGCUGGAGCUGCGAUGACGACACUGAUAUUACUCGAGUUCACUGCAUGACAUCAACCACGUGUGUUUCAGGUUUAUUAUUGGACAAAUUCCAUCUCACAAUUUUCAAAACAAACAGUUGACUGUUCAUACCCUCUCUAUCUUGUACACAUCAUGCUUAUUAAAUAACUACAACAUUUUUUUUUACCGCAGUAUCAUCUUUUAUUGAAUAAUUUGUUUUUACACAGGCUACAGAGCUGUA